AAGAGAGAGAGAGCAAGGAGAGAGGAGGGGGCACAUAGAGAGUGAGUGAGUGAGUGAGUGAGUGAGUGAGCGAGCGAGAGUGAAAGAGAGAGAAGAGAGUUGUAGAAUAGGAGAGAGAGAGAGAGAGAAAGAGAGAGAUAGGAGGGGGGGGGUCACAGAGGGUGAGCAAGCUAAAGUGUGAGUGUGAGAGAGAUAGAGACAGAGUAAGUGUGUGUUUGAGAGAGAGAGAGAGAGAGAGAGAGAGAGAGAGAGAGAGCGUGUGUGAGGGAGAGAGGCAGACACACACAGAGAGCUCUCAGAGGGCGAGCAAACUGUAGAGGCAGAGAGGUGAGAGAGUGAGCUAACUGAACAGAGGGCUACAGAGGGAAUAGAGAGAGAGUGAAAGAGAGAGAGAGAGAGAGAGAGAUGAGAGUAGAUGAGAGAGCGAUGGCAGAUUGAGGGAGAGAUAUAUAGAAAACAUUACCAAAGAAAGGAAGAGCAAGAGAGAGAGAACAGUGGGUAAGAGAUACAGAGAUACAGAGAGAGAGAGAUAGGGAGAGAGAGACAGAGAGAGAGAGAGGGAGAGAGAGGGAGAGACAUAUAGUAUCAGAGCUGGAUGUUCUUAUUUGCAUUGCUGCUGCUGCUGGCUGUUCCAAUGAUCACUCAUUCCUCUCACCACAAGACACCCAGAGAGGUGAGCAGACGUUUGGCGUGUGGUGAGCUGUGAGGAACGCGUGAUGCUGUGCAGCAGACGGGCGCCGUCCCUCUCUCUGAUCCCGUCAUUCUCCCCCGAAGCCCAUGUGACCUAAUCUCGGGCCCCACCAGGCCAGGGGGGUGCCCCAUGAAUCCCACCCCAGACCGCGGCAAAGAGUGCCUCCCCCCGAAGAAGCGGGAGUCCCGGCAGGGCUCCUCGGAGCAGCAGCAGCGCCCCCCGGAGGACGACUUCAAGCCCCCGGCGCCGCUGCGGCCCCGAGCCCUGGCAGGGAGGCAGUCCGAGGGCAGGGAGAGCAGCAGCGACGUCCCUCACUAUGACAAAGAUCUGCCCCCUCCUCCACCGCCGCCUCCGCCUCCGCCGCCGGCCCCACUGCAACUGCCCCUGCCCCUCCAGUGGCACGUGUCCUACCCGCCCCCGGCGUCUCACCCGUUCCUCUCGCCCGGCGAGCGGCACAGCGCCAUCUCGCCCUCCUGGAGGGACGGCCGCGUGCUGGACGUGGUGGACCCGUCCAUGCCGCACCACUCGCGCUGGCUGAGGGGCGAGGUGCCCCCGCUGAGCCUGCAGCCGCCGCUGUCCUUACCCUCGUACAAGAGCCACUAUGCCUCGGAGCGCGACGCCUGGUCCUACUUCGGCCGCCGCGACUACGGCCCGUCCUCCUUCUUCUCGCCGGCGCACCACCUCUUCGCCCAGCCCGCGCCGCCCCCCUACCCCGGCGAGAGCCUCUCCGAGCGGCUGCGCUACCCGAGCAGGAGGCCCAACGGCCUGGACGGCCCGGAGGGUCGGCAGGGCUCCCUGGAGAGGGCGCCAGGCUCGGCCGGGGAGGGGGGCGGCAGGCACGCGGAGGGCUUCCACACCAACGGGAGGAAGCGGCACCCGGAGGACACGGCGGGCUCUUCGCUGGCGAGAGGGACUCUGUCCUCGCGGGACGCCACGGGCCCCAACGCGCGACACCCCCCGCAGGACCGGGACCGAGAACGAGAUCGGGAACGAGAACGAGAUCGAGAUCGAGACAGACAGAGAGACAGGGAGAGAGAACGAGAAAGAGAACGAGAACGCGAGAGAGAACGAGAGCGAGAGCGAGAAAGAGACAGAGAAAGGGAGAGGGAGAGGGAGCGGGACAGAGAGCGAGAUCUCCGCAGGACUCCCAAAGCCCCUCACCUCUCCGAGUCACGGACCGCCAAGGUGGAGCCGCUGGGGCUGGGUGCCAUCCAGGGCGCCGGUGCCCAGAUCUACUACGCGCUGGGCUCCGUCUACCCGUCCCUCCAGCAGCAGUCGCCCUCGUUCGCCUACCCGGCUCCCCUCAGCUCGGCGGGCACCCCGCCCUACACGCCCCCUCACAGCAAGAGGAACUCCCAGCUCUCGCCCCUGGGCUCGCAUCAGCACAACAGCCACGGCGGGGGCCCCCAGGGGCCCGAACACGAGCUCAACGAGGAGCUGGCCUCGCCGCCGAGCCCCUACCGCGAGCGCGCCGCUCACUCCGAGCCGCACCUGCACCCCACCGCCACAGCCACCUCCGCCGCGGCAGUCCUACCUCAUUUCGCCAAGGGGUCCCUGAUCGAGCUGGCCGGGGGCCGGCUGAAGCGCGUGGAGGAGCUGCGCACCGACGACUUCCUGCGCAGCGCCGACACCUCGCCCGAGUUCCACCUGAGCAGCUGCACCGUGCUGCACAUCCUGCCCGGCCCCACGCACGCCUUCAGCCAACUGCAGGUCCUGCUGGCCGACCGCAACACUCAGGAGUUACUCACAGUCUUAGUGGAGUAUCCAUUCUUUGUGCGCGACCGAGGCUGGUCUUCGUGCUGCCCGCAGAGAACCGGCCAGCUCUACGGUCUCGCCUGCCGCCAGCUGAGUGCCGGGGACGUGUGCCUGGCGCUGACCCCGACCCCGACCCCGACCCCCGCGCCCCUCCUCCCGGGCGCCGUCCUGGGCCCCCCGCCGCCCCGGCCUCGCUCAGGCUCCAGGGCCGCCCGCACGCACCACCACCACCACCCCCACCCCCAGGGCCAGGGCCAGGCCUCGGGCAGCGGUGGCGGUGCGGCACCGGCAGCCAAUUCCAGCGAGGGAACGGAGAAGAUGCCUCCGCCGCCUCCUCCUCCUCCUCUUCCUCUUCCUCCUCCCCCGACACCUCCCUCCGCCGCCACCACCACCGCCACCAACACCAACACCAACACCACCACCGGCAGCGCCUCCCACAGCGUCGAGGGGGUUCGUGAGGAGCGAGAGCCGCGGCCUCGCAAGAGACGCUGGUCGGCCCCCGAGCUCCCCGGGCGAGAGGGGGAGCAGCAGGAGGAGGAAGGAGAGGACAGGGGCCGGACGCCCCCAGAUUUACCUCAAGGCUUCAAACAGGAGAAACAACAGUAGAAGCCCCCCCCAGGCUUCCUCCUCUACCGACCACCUUCCCUCAUACACGCACACACACACACACUCACACCCACACACACACACACAGUAACACACACACACACACACACACAGAAAGCCCACAGUGUGGUGUCCACUUCAGCGCCACCAGCUCCACACACUCGCAUCUGGCCAGCUGAGCAGGAACCGGGGCGGUGGCGCGGGAGGUUUCAGGUAACUCGACAUUACUACGGACAUCCUCAAGUGUGCAUGAGCAAAGCCAUGAAAACCAAGCCCACCUCCGCUGGGAUUUUUUUUCAAGACGGGGAGGGGGGGAGGGGGUCACAGGAGGGGGGAGCAGUUGUAUAUUUCCGCGACGGACGGGUAAGCAAAGCAAUGGGAGGGCGCCAUGCUAGGAAAUCCCAAAAUGCACAAAAAGAGACAAUUCAGUGAGACAAUCAAAUUCACCUGUCUGUGUCGCCACGCGUUUACUGAUGUAGUAAUGGUCGUUCCACGCUCACGGACAGUGUUUUCUGCAGGGUAAUUAUUUUCAAACAGUAUUAUUGAAGUUAAUAACAUUGGAGAGAGAAAUGAAAUAUAUAAAUAUAUAAAUAUUACAUAUUACAGGUGUUACAUAAAUAUGCUAAAGAAUAAAAAGUCUAAAUGAGUCAGUUGUAACUUUCGUACUGAAAUUUAAUUUUAACGCUUCUGAGCCGAAUUCUGGCCGCGUGUCUGGACGGACGAGGUGAAUGUAUCAGCAACCUUUAGCCUUUUUUCUCAGUGUGGGUCAACACGCUCUUUUACAAACAGCAUUACUGUCCGGUCUGGGUUCUUUCAUUCUUUUAAACUGUUAAAGGGAAAAGACACUACUGGAAAACUCGGAAGAUUAACGCCUCACUCUUCAGAGGCAGGGCGCAAAUAUCAGCCAAUACCACCCCACACCCCACCCCACAGACACACACACACACAGUUGUCAGGUGUUUCCUUCCGCUUUUGUGAUGCCGUAAAAAAAUGUCAUUAUGAGAACGCAAAACGGUGCUAAUGACGAGUUGGAAUCGGAUGCUUUGUGAAUAGAGCAGACCCCGCUGUAUGCUUCUCUGUUGUCUUUAAGUUAAUGUAUGACCGAGCGCAGGGAGAAGAACAAAGGAAAAGUAUUCUGAACUCAGAUACGGGUAUCUCUUCUGAUCAAGCACACUCUUUCACUUUAGUUUUUUUUUUUUUUUUUUUUUUCGUUUUUGUUUUUGUUUUCUGUUGUUGUUGUUUUUCAAAAAUACCGUUGUUACUAUUUUCUUUGUAAAUGUUAUAGCUAUAAAAUUGUAUAUUUUUAAAAUUGUGAAACUGUCAUACAAUGUUCGCUAGAGAUUAAAAAAAGCUUUAUAGAUUUA